AUGACGGACUUCGGUCUUCGUGCGCCUCAUGGCCCCGACAUGUCGGGGACCCAUCAGCCGCUCGAGGACAUGGAUAUCAACGAGAAGGGUGCCUUUGACGCUUUGAUCCGCCCCGAUGAUUGUUACACUCCCGAAGGUACCUACUGGGCCGACCUGCCGUUGCUGAAGAAGAUCCGCUUUGUGGGCUCCUACGAUGCGAAAGAGUCCAAGCGUGAAUUGGGUGACAUCUGGCAAAUGUUCAAGAACGACCCAUUGUCGCCAAUGUCGUAUUAUUUCCGGAAUAUGGUUCUCCCCGGUGCUGGUCUUGGUCUAGAAGGUUAUGUGCUGUUCUCGAUCGGAAACAUUAAACCUCUCUUCCAACAUGCGUUCAGUAACUGCUGGGAUACCCACGAGGUUUGCAAUGAGCAGUGGAUCAACGCCGUGGAGUACCUGGAAAUCAUUGGUAUCAUUGUUGGUCAGAUUCUGGUGGGCUUUGUGGGUGACUGGCUGGGCCGUCGCUGGGGUCUCAUUCAAGAUGCAGCCAUCAUGUUUAUCGGUUUGCUGAUGCUUACGGCCGCCUGGGGUGUUACUCUCAACGGCUGGGUAAUCUGCUAUGCCUGGUCUUUGUUCUUCUAUGGUAUUGGUGUUGGCGGUGAAUAUCCUAUGACUGCCACGAGCGGUAUGGAAAAUGCCGUUGGCUCUGGAAAGAUCUCGACCAAGGAAGACCGUCUGCACCGUGGGCGUAAAGUCACCAGCGCAUUCUUAAUGCAGGGCUGGGGUCAAUUCUUCAACCAGGUUAUCCUCAUCAUUUUGCUCCUCUGCUUCCACCACGGUUCCGGUAACCCUCCGUAUUCGGCUGUCGCCGCUCAGUGGACUUACCGUGUGUCGUUCGCCAUUCCGGCUGUUGGCACGCUCUGGCUGGUUUACCAUCGUGCCUACCACAUGAAGGCGGCCAGCAAGCAGUUAGCAGCGGCCAAGAAGAACUCUUCUGUUACGGGCUAUGACCGUCAAUCUCUUGGCCUGACAUUCAAGUAUUUCGGCUUCCGCAUUGUCGCCACCGCAGGCGCGUGGUUUGCCAACGAUGUCUUCUUCUACGGCAAUAAGUUGUUCCAAUCUGAAUUCAUCAGCGUUAUCAGCCCCGGAUCCCACUCGAUUAUGCCCACCUGGUUGUGGAACUUGUGUAACGUCGGUGUCUCGCUGGCUGGCUACUACUUGGCCUCUUUCCUCAUUGACAACAAGCUCUAUGGUCGCAAAUGGAUGCAGAUGGUCGGUUUCCUGAUGUGUUUCAUCCUUUUCAUCGUUCCGGCUUUCCACUACGAAUACUACACCUCCCCAGAGCAUAUCAAGGAAUUCCAGACCAUGUACUUCCUGAGUUCCUUCUUUAACCAAUUCGGUCCAAACUCCGUCACUUUCCUCGUUGCUGCCGAAGUGUUCCCCACCCCGAUCCGUGCCACUGCUCAUGGUAUGUCCGCUGCUGCAGGAAAGCUUGGUGCUCUCCUGGCUUCCGUUCUAUACAGUUACAUCGAUACGCAGACCAAGUUCUACGUGGUUCCAUGGUUCGGUCUGGGUGGCAUGCUCUUGACUUUCCUUUUCCUGCCUGACACCACUGGUCUCGAUUUGAAGGAGCAGGAGCGUCGCUGGAACUACCUCCGCGCCGGCCGUGAGCAUGAGUAUCAUGGCCCGGCCGUUCAUUCCAAGCAUCUGUCUCUCUGGGAACGUCUGCGCGGCGUUGGAAAGUACUACGAUGCCGAAGAGGAUUACAAGCAGAAGGUCGAGGAAUACCGUGCUGAGUGGGAAGCCGCGAUGGCCCUCAAAGUUUCCGAAAAGACCCCUGGCGAAGAGUUCCCAGUGGACACCGAUGACACUCUCUUUGAAGGUCAUGUUCACUCCUAUUUCCACCGGACAAGCCCCAUGUUCCGCCCGAUGGAGAAGACCGGUCCGAACAAGGCCGAUAACUUUGCCCUUCCUCCCGCCGCCCAGGAAGGUGACUCGGUAGACUCGUAUGAAGAAAAGUGA